AUGUGUAAACACAUUCUGAACGCCCAAGUGGCCAUCCGUUCACACUGCUGCCGAAAAUGGUUUGACUGCGCCGAAUGCCACCAAGAGAGCGAGUCGCAUAAUCUCCAGAAGAGCGCCGAGAUGAUCUUUGCCUGCAAGAAGUGCAAGAAGUGUUUCCGCAAAGACGCGGCUGAGUUCGAUGAGACGUACGCAAGAAUCUGUUCAAAAGCCAAAUGGCAGCGGGCUAAUUCUAUUUUCAGUGACGAGUACUGCCCUCACUGUGACAAUCACUUUGUCAUUGAGGCGGUCGAGCCCGAGGCGCGACUACACGUGGAGGGCGAGGAUGCUCGUAUGGACAACCGAAUGCUCAAGGACGAACGUGUUGCGCGCGACAAGGAGCGCUCCCUCUUCAAUAUUAAAGAUGUGUCGGAUCGCAUGGGCUAA